AUGAGAACUAAGACUAUUGUUGCUGCUCCGAUCAAUCCCAAAGAAACAAGUAUUGCUAAUGAACAAAAUACAGUCAUUAAAGAAGUCAGCAUCAAUUGUCCUUGUUGUGGUACUUUAUUAAGACUACCCAAUGACAUACCAAAGGUGAGAUGCGUAGUCUGUCAGGUUUCGACCUAUAUAGAGAAAGAACAAAAUGAAUUGGAUGAACCACAACAGAAUUCAGAAAUCGCAACCUGCAGUUUAACUACCUUAACGAAGAUAAUUAACGAAUGUAAAUUGAAGCUUAAGCAAAUGAGCAAUGAACCAAAGAAAGAUAUUACUAGUGAAGAAAAAUCAAGGAUGUUUAAUCCUGUUCGGAAUUACCUAGUUGAAUGCUUUCAUAGCAUUAAAAUAUUAAAUAAUUCAUUUUUUAUACGAAAUGAAAAGGGUGAAGUUCACAACGCAAUUAUUGAUUUUAAAGAGUUGAAUAGCUUCUAUGAACUCCUAAUUAAGCUUCCAACUAGAAAACCUUUUUAUUCAAUGCUAUGUGCCUGUAAUGAUAUGUUAAAAAGACCUGGAUUGGAAUAUAGUUUGAAUGAUAAUAACGCAUCCUUUAGAUGGAUUCUUAUAAUUUGGUCCAAUCCAAUGAUUAGGGAAUGUCUUUAUUAUAAUACGUCAUCUACACAAUCUCAGAGUAAUGAUAAUUUAAAGAAGAGAGGUCUAACGCGUUUUGCAACUUCAGAAAUCAACUCAGUUUCUUAUGAACUAACAAAAAGAUGUAUCGGAUACAUGUCAACAUUUAAAAUUAUAAGCAAACCCAAGUUCGAGCAAUUUGUGAACUUUUUGAAAGUUUUACCUCUCGAUAUUUUAUCACAAUAUGUGGAGACAGUGAAUUUAUAUAUAACUUUCCAAUUUUCUAGGAUUUUUAAAAGUCGUUUAAAUGAAAAUAUAAAACCUCCUCAACCAAGAAUCACAAACUCAAGAUAUAGUAUUGUUGGGAGUCUUUAUCACACUACAUCCAAUUCACGGACAACCACAAGUAAUAACAAUAAUAAUAAUAAUAAUGGGAUGUAUACUACGAACAACAAUAAUCACAAUCUUUGGUAUAAUUCCGAUGACGAUGAUAUUGAUGAUAUUGAUGGUAGCAACCAACCUUCUCCUGUAGGAGAAGGAACAUGGAAUCAAGAAUUAAACAAUAAUGAACUUUUUGAUAAACUAAACGGUGUAGAUGUUCCUUCUAAAAGUGAUUUUAAAUUUAAACUUCAUGAUUAUGACACAAAUUGGCAUAUUAAAAACGCAGCAAAUUUAAUGACAAUUUUUAAAUUGGCUAAUGAUUCUAGAGAGACUUUUAAAAAAUUAUCCACACAAUGUUAUUAUAAUAUGAUGCUUGAUUUUAUAGACUAUAAACAAGAUUUUGAAAACUGGAAAAAAACUAAAUCUCUAAAUAGAAGAUCAACAAUAAGGAGCAUUAGGGACUACACAAAUUUGAAGAAUACUUCAACAUCAAGUAUUACAUUUUGCCAACAUCCAACACUUUUAUCAUUAGGUUUAAAAAUUUCAAUUAUGAAUUAUGAAGUAAAAAGAAUAAUGGAAUUUGAAGCCGAACAGGCAUUUCUAAAAUCUAUUGAUCAACACAAACAAUUUGAUGUUUAUUUCAAAAUUAAAGUCAGAAGGACGCAUAUUACUUCAGAUUCUUUGAAAUCGAUUAAAAAUCAUCCUAAAGAUUUUUUAAAAUCCUUAAGAGUGGAAUUUAUUGAUGAACCAGGUAUUGAUGCUGGCGGUCUAAGAAAAGAAUGGUUUUUAUUACUUUCCAAAUCAUUGUUUAGUCCUAUGAAUGGUCUUUUUGUUUAUAAUAAACAAAGUUAUCUUUCAUGGUUCAAUAUUAAUCCUGGGUCUGUUGAUGAUAAGAAUGAAGAAAUGUACUAUCUAUUUGGAUUGGUUUUAGGAUUGGCUAUAUUUAACAGCACCAUUUUAGACAUUCAAUUUCCAAAAGCACUUUAUAAAAAGCUUUGUCAUGAACAGUUGAAAUUUGGUGAUUAUAUGGAAUUGUACCCAGAAACUGGAAAAAGUUUGAUUAAAUUAUUAAAUUACAAUGAACCGGAUUUUGAAGAAGCAUUUUCAUUGAAUUUUGAGACCACAUAUGACAACCCAAUGUUUGAAUCAGUACCAGAUAAAAUAACUGACUCACAGAAUAGAAAAGUAACUGUUGAGUUAUGUGAAAAUGGUAGCUUGACACCAGUCACCAACGAAAAUAAAGACAAGUUUAUACAAAAAUGGUUUGAUUUUUAUAUGAACAAAAGUAUAGAAAAACAGUUCACAAAAUUCAAAACCGGAUUCUACGAGGUGGUUUCUCAAUGUGAGUCUAGUAAAUUAUUUAAUUCAGAAGAAUUAGAAAAGUUAAUUUGUGGUGAGAGAGAAAGUGAAAGUUACGAUUUUUCGAUGUUACGUUCCGUAUGUACGUAUACAGGUGGCUAUACAAAUAAUGACACAAUUAUUAAUUGGUUUUGGGAAAUUCUUGAAAGUUGGGAUCCUGAAUUGCAAAAAAAAUUGCUACAAUUUGUGACGGGAUCUGAUCGUAUACCAUCUACAGGUAUUUCAACUUUAACUUUUAAAAUAUCUAAAUUAACAAUAAACCCAUACACAACCUAUAAUAAAACCACUAUAGAACCUCUUCCUUUAGCACACACAUGUUUUAAUGAGUUAUGCUUAUGGGAAUUCAAAAAUAAAGAAGUUCUAGAAAAAAAACUGAAGAUUGCAAUUACGGAAUCGGAAGGUUAUGGAUUCAAAUAG